GUGUACAACGGCCUGUACACUAUUUGUUGUACGUGUAAAUAAACUCUCAAUCUGCUCUACCCAGCUCUGACAACUUUGUUUUAAGCGGAGGCGCCGCCCACUUCAUGAAUGAUAUGUCCUUGAAGCCUGUUGCCAACGAGGCAAACGUGGACCUACUAGUAUUGUGGUGUUUCUGCUUGAGCUAUUCUGUCGCCAUAACAGACCAACAAGGGUCUGAAGGUGCUCUUUGCAUUCCGGGCCCUCUACUACCGUUGUACGUGUUCGUUUCCAGCACGUUGAAAGUUAUCCAGCAACUCGCGCUCCUGGCUGUCUUGAACAUGCUGGACAACGGCAUUUGCUAUUUGUGAUUUGAUCACGUUCGUAGCUCGCCACUAAAAGAUUAUCUACAUUCUAUUUGACAUGUCCAAUCCACUCUGUACCGCAGCAUCCUCCUUGCAAACCUUAACAUGAGGGUG